CCGCCGUCGCCUUCCUUUGCGGCUCCGACUUGACCACCACCACCACGGCCAUCCCCAUCACCGCUGCGAGUGUCGCAUCCGCUGCAUCGCGCCGCCCGAGCAGCCGUCCGAGCAUAGACUGUAGCCUUGCGCCCGCACACAGCUGCACUGCAAGUUUCCUGCACAGCCGCCGCCGCCGUCUGCCUGCUGCCUCCACCAUGGCGCGGCCACGAAAGGACGUCAAGUUCCAGCAUCAGACGCGCAGCGCCAGCAAUGGCCGCACACGGAGGCUCUCGCAGAGCAUCUCCGAGUUCAGCGACCCCGGAAGUCCCACCAUCAAAGAGGAGGCUGCUCCCCCAGCCUCGGAACAAGCGCCCCAGACCGACUACGAGAAGAAAAAGGCAAACUUCAUCACGCGCACAACAUGGACUCUCGUCAUGAUUGGCAUCUUCUUCUGGGCCCUCGGCGCCGGCCACCUGUUCAUCAUCAUCAUCGUCACGGCAGUCCAGGUCAUAUGCUUCAAGGAGGUCAUUGCAAUCGCAAACGUGCCCAGCAAGGCCCGCAGCCUGCGCUUCACAAAGUCGCUCAACUGGUACUUUCUCGGCACCACCAUGUACUUUUUGUACGGCGAGAGCGUCAUCUAUUACUUCAAGCACAUUCUCAUGGUGGACCGGCUGCUGCUGCCCCUGGCGACCCACCACCGCUUCAUCUCCUUCAUGCUGUACAUUAUUGGCUUCAUCUUCUUUGUCUUCUCGCUGCAAAAGGGCCACUACAAGUUCCAGUUUACCCAAUUUGCAUGGACCCACAUGGCCCUUUUUCUCAUUGUCGGCCAGGCGCACUUUGUCAUCAACAACAUUUUCGAAGGCUACAUCUGGUUCAUCCUGCCCGCGUCCAUGGUCAUUACCAAUGACAUUUUCGCCUAUCUCUGCGGAAUUACCUUUGGCAGGACCCCCCUUAUCCAGAUCUCGCCCAAGAAGACGUGGGAGGGGUUCCUCGGCGCAUGGUUCUUCACCGUCCUCUGGGGCAUCGGUGUCACGCACGUUGUGGCGCAGUACAAGUACUUCAUCUGCCCCGUCAACGACCUGGGCGCAAACAUCUGGUCCGGGCUCGAGUGCAGACCCAACCCCGUCUUCGUUGCGCGCGACUAUGAAAUCCCCUUUAUUCCCGAGGGCCUUCCCAUCCCGCGUACCUUUAACAUCAUGCCCGUGCAGUUCCAUGUCAUCAUGCUUGGGACCUUUGCCUCGCUGGUUGCGCCCUUUGGUGGUUUCUUCGCGUCUGGCCUGAAGCGCACAUUCAAGAUCAAGGACUUUGGCGACUCGAUUCCCGGACACGGCGGCAUGACGGACCGCAUGGACUGUCAGUUCAUCAUGGGAUCCAUUGCCUUCUUCUACUACUCGAGUUUUAUUGCAGUGCACCACACGACUGUUGGCGGCGUGAUUGAGUCGGCCAUCACCGGCCUUACCUACGAGGAGCAAAUGGAGGUGGUCAAGAUCCUCAGCAAGCACUUGGUCAACCAGGAAAUAAUAUCACCAAAGGUGCUUGAACUUCUUUCUCAACAAAUGGUGCGGAGGUGAAAAUGUACGGACUGAAUUUGGUAAUCUAGCUUUUUCUUCAUCCAACAGGGGUUUCGAGGGGAAAUUGUGUUGCUGCAGAGGAGAUGCAGCCGGAUUUCAACGGAUAUGACAAGCGGCACCCGCCGUGGAGGUGGGUAUUGGUAAUUGGGCGCAUAUACCCUUUGUGCAGUUUGCCGCGCGCCUGGAGCAUGCGCUCUCUAGUAGCGCGCACAGUCGUGUAGCAUAUGAGUAAUACAUUG